AUGGAGCAGGCAAAUGCCGGCACCGGGGCGGCCGCCGGUCUUGCCCAGGGUGUUCAGACCAUUAUUCACAGACGCCGGCCUUCUGCUCGUGGUCGCAGAGUCCAUUUCGCUGAACAGCUUGUUGAAACUGCUCCUGCUCCUGAGUAUCAUCCUGAGCCUUCGUCUUCGUCUUCAUCUGAGCCUUCUUCUUCUGCUCGUUAUCAUCCAUCUUUCCCUUCAUAUAAACCCCAGAUGAACCCAGAAAACCGUACCCAGCACCCUCUUCCUCUUGUCAAAGAGUUCAGCUUCCUGGAGAUCCUCGAGCUGGACGAGCUGGCCUCUGGAAGAGACCUGCCAGGCCGCAACAGCUUGAUCGUGACCCGUCAUCCUCUCGUCUCUUUCACAAACCCUGCCUUCUCCCAUCUUCCUAUCCGCCGUCCCCCUUCUCCAGACAGUCCAAGACUCACUCAGCCUCAUUUCGGCAUGUCUACCGUCCCCGAGUCGGAACUGAGCAAGGCUCGGCAGGCCGCUUCUGAGGCCGAGCAGUCUUCUGAUUUCGAGGACAUGGAUGAUCAGGAUAUCUCUGACCGCGACUCUGUCCAGGGCAGCCCUUCUCAAGGCACUUCUGCUCAGAGCACUGUUGUCCAGGACGUUUCUCACGACACUUCUUCUCACGGCACGUCUGUCCACGGCGCUUCUCCUCGUAGCCUUUUGGCUCAGAGCACUGUUUUGGGGGACACUUCUCAUGGUAGUUCUGCUCGAGGCGCUGCUUCUCGUAGCCUUUUGGCUCAGAGCUCUGCCUUCGAGGACACUUCUUCUCUUGGCCUUUCUUAUGGUCUUUCUUCUCGUGGUCUUUCUUCUCGUGGUCUCUCUUCUCGUGGUCUUUCUUCUCAUGGCCUUUCUUCUCAUGAAACUUCUCAUAGCCCUUUUGCUCAGAGCACUGGUUUCCAGGACACUUCUUUUCACGGCCUUUUUUCUCGUGGCACUUCUUCUCAAAGACUUUCUUCUUAUGGAAUUCCUUCUCAUGAAUUCUCUUCUCAAAACAUCUCUGCCCAGAGCACUACUUCUCAUGGCACUUCUGCGCAAGGCCUUUUUUCUCACGACUUUUCUUCUCAUGACACUUCUUCUUGUGGCUCUUCUUCGCAAAGCAUUUUUGCUCAGAGCACUGUUUUCCAGGAUACUUCUUCUCAUAGUCUUUCUGCCCAAGGCACUUCUCACGACACUUCUCAUGCGACCUCUGUCCAGAGCAUUUCCCCUCGCACUAUUUCCCAGAAUGUUUCUGCUCAUGACACUUCUUCACACGGCAUUUCUUCUCAUGGCACUUCUACCCAAGGCAUUUCUUCUCAGGACAAUGAGUCUUCCGCUGAACAAGCUCCCAGAGCAAAGUUCAAGAUGUCAAGAAGCCUGGCAGCAAUGCGAGAGACGUUCGAGCCUCUUGAGGACGAGCCUCCCCGGAGGUUUAGAAUGACUAGAAGCGUCCGUGCGAUUGAGCAGUGCCCGGAGCCCAUGGAUGAUAUCGAACCAGUCAACGAACUUGUUGCGAGAUCUUCUCAAAUCUCUCUUUCUAGCGACCCCAAGUCUUCAAACGAGAACACCACGGCGCCUCCUCAUGCUGAACAUGAAAGCAAUGGCAAGACUGGAGUUGAGACUGAAGCUGAGAUCAACGCCGGCUCUUCCCAGGAGGUCACCAUCGGGUCUGCUGGAGAAAACAUGAUUACUACUGCUGCGACUGAAGUUGACGCCGAAGCCGAGCCCCAAGUCGACGUGGAAGCCGGCUCUUCCCCCGAAGGUGUCAGUGGAUCCAACGAAGAACGUCUUGAUGCCCCUGCUGUCUCGAACAUCAAUGUACUUCACCCAUGGCAAGUGAUCGACUACCACCUGUACCUGUGCAGCAUUGAACGUGGUCGGACGGAAUACAUGCGUCGCAAUGGUCUGUACAUGCUUGACGCGCACGAAUGCCGCCCCUUCUUUUUCGACGAAUUCUUCCGGGAAAAGACAUUCGAGGCUGCUUUUGUUGGACGGCGGCCGAAGCUUCUCAUUGCAAAUCUGCCCAUCGCCGAAGACGGGAUUCAUUUCAACGGCAGCCAGUACGUCUUGUAUUUCGAUUACAGGUACAACACCUUGUAUGCGCGCCGAUUCAACGCGAUUCCCGCAGACAUCACCAAGAUCAAGGAUGUGUGGGACAAGGGAGGAGACAUUUACAGCGUGGGGAUCGACAGCCUGCGCGACCUGCUGUACUCUUGCUUCCGACAGCCCGAUGGCCGUGUGCGGAUGGGCCUGAUCACCAUGGACUUCACCGACAGCAUGGCUCGCGAGAACGCAGACGAUCCCGGGUUGGAAGUUGUGAUCGCGGUGCUCUGGUGCCAGUUUGUUGUCGACCAUGCGGACAUUCUGUUUCUCGAUCCCCUCGACGACCCGGAAACCAUCAAGCAGGAGUACGAGUUCUACAUGGAGGAGUGCCGGCUCGUUCUGCAGCGGGCGUCGUACCGGGCCUGGUUCGGGCUGCGGGAGGGCGUGAGCAAGGAAGACUACAAGCACAAGGCGUAUGUCAACCGCUUCCUCAACGAACUGUACACGUUCGAGAAGUCUGCCGAGGACGGCAGCCUAAAAGACAAGUCCUGGCACGCUCCCAGCAUCGAGACGUGCGACCGGGUCCGCCAGGCCCGGCGGCACCAGGUCACCCUGGAUGUCGAGAGGAGCUUCGAGGAGAUGUUUGCCUCUCCUGCGGCCGAACCCCAGUCGGCCCAGGAGGUCGUCGACUCGAUGCUGGAGCGAACCAGCACGGAGACGGGGGCUUCGGGCCUCCUUUAA